UAAUUGCUCUAAAUAUUUCAGAUAUAAAGAUGGCUCCCCGAGGUGAGGAUGCUGAACUAGAUGAAGGAGGCCAGGCCCCAGAUCCUCCAACAAACCUAGAGAUUACGGACUGGGAUGCUACCCUUGUAAAACUCAAAUGGAAGGCUCCUGUAAAUGAUGGUGGGGCACCAAUCACAUUCUUUACUAUAGAAUUCAAGCCUAAGAACGACGAGGAAUGGCAGCAAGGACCAAAGGUGAAACCAAGCAAAACCCCGAAUGGAACUGUUGAUGGUCUGACAACAGGCACAAAAUAUGAGUUUAGAGUUCUAGCUGAGAACAGAGGUGGUAAAAGUGGUCCAAGUGAUGUCACUUUACCAUUGUUGGUUAAAACACAGAAAGCUGCUCCAAGAAUCGACCGUAAGGCUAUGGAAGAAAAGUCUGUUAAGGUGAAUCAACAACUUGAUUUAUCAGUUACAGUUGACGGCGAACCUGCACCUGAAUGCACUUGGCAAAAGAAUGGAUCAGACCUGACCUCAGCUGAUAACGUUAAAGUUUCCUCUGGGAAUAAUGUUGCAAAGCUUCUCUUUAUUCCAGCUAAACGUGGCCAUUCAGGAAAAUAUACGUUGACAGCUAAAAACAAAUGGGGAGAGGACUCAUGUGAUAUAGAAAUUCAAGUUUUUGGGAAGCCUACUAUACCCACAGGACCACUUGAAGUAAGUGAGGUUACAAAAAAGUCUUGUCUCUUGAAAUGGAAACCAUCUGAGGAUAAUGGCGGAAGUCCAAUUAUUCACUAUGAAAUUGAAAAAUUUGAAGAAUCUCUUGGAUCUUGGCUUCCUGCAGGGAAUACCAAGGGAUGUUCAAUUAAUAUUAGAAGUCUGGUGGAAGGAAAGAGUUAUAAGUUUCAAGUAAGAGCUGUAAACAAAGAUGGAGAUUCUCCUGACCUUGAAACAGAAAAUUUUAUCCUGGCCAAGGAUGAGUUUGAUAAACCAAGCCCUCCUGGAAAACCAAAAAUGGUAAACUGGGGACCAAACUGGGCUGAACUCUCUUGGAAAGCCCCUGAAGAAAAUGGUGGUGCUGAAAUUCAAAGAUACAAAGUUGAAAUGAGAAAUGUUGACAAAAGAGCAUGGAAUGAGGUUGGACAAACAAAAGAAAAUACAUUUAUGGCUGAAAAAUGUGGUAUUGAGCUGGGAAAUGAGUAUGUUUUUCGUAUUACUGCUAUUAACAUUGCAGGAGAAUCUGACCUUUCUGAAACAUCAAGUCCAAUUGAAGCAAUGGAACGGUUUGUGAAGCCUAAGAUAAAUAAGGAUUUAAUGGGAAAAGAUAAGGAAUUAUGUGCCUCACAUAUGUUGAAGUUGGAUGCUGUUGCUUCCGGAGAGCCAGCAUCAAAGUUUUCUUGGUUUUUUGCCAAUGGAGAUCAAAUUCUUCAUGAUGGAGACAGGGUUCUCAUUGACAAUGAUACAAAGAAUGUGUCCAGUCUUAUGUUUAAAAAUAUAGAAAGAAAGCACACUGGAAAUGUUAAGGUCAUUGCAAAGAACUCUGUUGGAGAGGAUGAACAUGAAAUCAGACUGAAUGUUCUUGCUCCACCUUCCAAGCCCACUGGACAGUUAGAUGUGUCUUCUGUUAAGCCAAACAGUUGUCAUCUUUCCUGGCAAAAACCGUCUGAUGAUGGCGGAUCCCCAAUCACUGGCUACAUUGUUGAGAAAAAAGAUGUGGAGAAGGACUACUGGUCAGUUUGUGGAAAAGUCUGUGGAAAGUUAGCAACAGUCAUGAAACUUGUGGACUUUGAUGUUACAGACCUGAUUGAGAACUUUGUUUAUGUCUUUAGAGUAAUGGCAACGAAUGCCAUUGGAGAAUCUGAACCUUUGAUGUCUUUAAUUCCAACUAUUGCUAAGCAUGAACUUGAUCCUCCAAACCAACCAUACAAUAUAAAUAUUGUGGAUUUUGACAAAAAAUGGGUUAAACUAGACUGGUGUGUUUCACCAGGUCCAAAGGUGACCAAAUUUGUCGUUGAGAAAGUCGAAACAUUUAUGAUUCCCAAGGAUGAGGAGGAAGAAGAGUCUGUUGCACCAAUAGAAGAUGGUGAAGAGAAACCAGCGUUUGUUAUGCCUGUGGUGAAAGAACCAGGAGUUAAAAAAGAGCAAGAAUAUGUUGAAUACUCAACAGGUUGGAUGCUUGCUGGUACUACAGAAGAUGACAGCACAGAAAUCAAGAUUACAGAUCUUCAAGAAGGCUAUAGAUACCAGUUUAGAGUUAAAGCUGUAAACAAAGCAGGCUCAAGUUACCCAUCAGAAUCUACAGAUGAAAUUAUUGCCAAGCAGCGAAAGCAGAAACCUACUAUUGACACUAGUACACUUAAAAAAGAGGUCUCUCUUGCCAGAGGCAGUAAUCUUGUUCUUAAAGUUAAAGUUAAAGGGGAACCAAUUACAGACAAAACCUGGUUCUGGGGAAGAAGAGAGAUAAAGUCAAGUGGCACAGUAAAUAUUGAGAGUUCUGAUUACUCAAGCAAGCUUACUAUUUUAUCCUUAGAGAGAGCAGACACAGGAACCUUUUCAUUCAGGGCAGAAAAUAUGCAUGGUAGUGAUGAAGCAUAUGUUGAUGUUAAUGUUAUGGUGGCACCUCAAAAACCAAAGGGUCCAAUGAGAAUUGAUGGAAUCUAUGCUGAAGGUUGCACAGUUGUAUGGAGUGCACCAGAUGACAAUGGAGGAUCUCCUAUUACUCAUUACAUUGUUGAAAAAGUCCAGGGAAAUGGUGAUAAUUUCACCCCAUGCAGUAGGGUUAAUGCCCCUGAUACUGUUGCAGAAGUUAAAGGGUUGACUCCUAAAAAGGAGUACAGACUUCAGGUAAGAGCUGUAAAUGCUCUGGGAGAGUCUGAACCUCUUACUGGAGUUGAUGGAUUUAUCACAGAAAACCCAUUCCAAGCACCAGGUGCCCCUGGAAUACCAGAGCUGUAUGAUUGGGAUUCAGAUCAUUUUGAUGUCAAAUGGGCAGCUCCCAAAAAUGAUGGAGGAUCUAGAAUCCUUGGAUAUGAGUUAGAAGCUAGAUUGUGGAAAGACUUGGGCUGGUUCAAAGCUGGAGAAGUAAAGAUGCAAUAUGAGAGAGGUGUUGUUGAGGGAAUUGAGUUGGGAAUGGGUUAUGCCAUCAGAGUUAGAGCUAAAAAUGCUGCUGGGUUCGGACCAUGGUCCCUUGAAACAGAUCAAUUUGUUUGUAAGCAUAAAGCACUGAAACCUAAACUGAAGCUUGAUGCUCCCAAGGAACUAAUUGUAAAAGAAGGAGAAACACUGACAGUUUUUGCCGAUAUCCAGGGAGAACCAGCUCCUGAGGAAGCAAAAUGGCUCAUAAGUGAUAGAGAACUAGAAUCUAAUGCAAAAAGUGGAAUUCUCAUCGAUAAUUCAAAACAGCACAAGAGCAAAUUACAAAUAGAUGCUGUUUCAAGAAAAGAUAGUGGAAUCCUUAUUUGUGAAGCAUCUAACUUGCAUGGCAAGGCAAGAUCUACAGUUACACUAUCUGUAAUUGGAAAACCGACUGCUCCUGAGGACAGACUUGUCGUUUCAGACAUUCACAGCACAGGGUGCAAACUUUCAUGGAAGGAAUGUAAGGAUGAUGGUGGUUUGCCUGUAGAAUACCUUGUUGAGAAGUAUAUUGUUCAAGCUGAUACAUGGGUGAAACAAAGCAUUACGUCUAGCACAGAAUUAUCUGUCAAUGACCUGGAGGAAGGAAAGGAGUAUGGAUUCAGAAUUUUGACACUAAAUGAAAUAGGAGAAUCUGAACCAUUGAACACCAACAAGACGAUUGUUGCUAAAAAUCAAUAUACUGUUUCUCUGCCUCCUUCUGCUCCUGAAGUAGUGGAUGGAAAUGAAAGAUUAAUGAACAUCAAAUGGAAAGCUCCAAUAGAUGAUGGUGGUAUGCCUAUUACUGCUUACCAUAUUGAAGCCAAGGUUGUUGGUGGUGAAUGGCAGCCAUGGGAGCUUCUGGACAAUCCCUCAACCAGAGCUCAGAUUCAGAAGCUCCAGAAAGGAAUGGAGUAUCAAUUUAGAGUUAUUGCUAUCAAUAAAGCUGGAAAAUCCGAGCCAAGCCAUCCUUCAAGACCUAGAUUAGCCAAAGAGACUGACCUCCUUCCAUACAUUGAAGCCAAGGGACUUCGAGAUAUUACUGCUCCAGUUAAGGACAGAGUAAAGUUUGAUGUUCCAAUCUUUGGCGAACCUGCCCCAAAUGUUGUCUGGACCAAGGGAGAUGAAAACGUUGAGGAGCUUGGAGACCGUUCAAUUGUUGUAACUACCUCAGAGACUCACACCAAGAUUGUUUUCAACAACCUAUCCAAGAAGCAUGAAGGGACAUACAACUUGACUAUUAGUAAUCGGUCUGGAGAAGACUCUGCAAAGUUUUCCAUUAAAGUUCUAGACUGCCCAGCAACUCCUGAACCUCCAAUGAAGGCAACCCUUGAAGGAAACAACUGCACCCUGUUAUGGAAAAAGGUCAAGGAUGAUGGAGGAGUUCCUAUUGAACAUUAUCAGAUUGAGAAGCUCGACAGUGAUAAGGAUUUUUGGUGUGCCUGCGGUCAUACUAAAGACAACACUUUCACCAUCAAAGGUCUUCUAGACGGACACUCAUACACCUUCAGGGUGUGCGCUGUCAAUAGAAUUGGGGACUCAGGCUUCCUUACCAGUGAUUCUAUCAUUCUUGGUGAAAAUUCUUCUCGAGGAGUUUAGAGAAUGAGAAUAGGAUGAAAGGACAAAUUCUCAAGAUAAUGAUUACCGUGUGUAAAUCAACUAUGUAAAUAUUUCUCAUUCUAUUAAAAUUAAAUAUAUAUUAUUUUAUAAUAUU